UUCUUGAAUUGUUUUUUGUGAUGAUUACACUGUAAUUUACAGCAUUUCUAUCUCUAAAUAAAUGUAUUUAUAAUCUCAUACUGUCAAAAAUCAUAUUAGAACUAAAAACUGCCACUGUCACAUCGGCAGCCAUAUUGUUCCGAGUGAGCCAAUCUGAAUACGGUUUGUUCGAUCCAUAAACCUUCAACGUGGUUUUCAACUCUAAAUUCCAGACAAUGCCUAGAUACAAAAAACAGUCUAAAUCCACGUCAACCUCUUCAAUGAUGAGUCCUGCUCCUGCCGAAGCAACUUCUAAAAAAUAUAUAUAUGAUGUAGAAAAAAUUUUAGAUAAACGUAUAAUUGAUGAUAAAGUUUAUUACUUAUUAAAAUGGGUUGAUUAUUCUGAUUCCUACAAUACUUGGGAACCUGAAGAACAUCUUGAUUGUCAAGAUUUAGUCGAUAAAUAUGAAGAUGAACAAAAAGCUUCCAGUGAUCAACGUAAACAAAAAACAUAUGAUACGUCUGAUGAAAGUAGUUCAUUUUCGCUUGAUGUUGGAACAUCUAAAAAACACAAAAAAAAAAAAAAUCGUAAACAUAAAACUUAUAAAUCAAAUACGUUGGACAAAACUGACUACUCUACAAUAAAAAGUCAAGCCGAUGAUGAAGAUGAUGCAAAAGUCAAAGUCACGGGAAAAAAUGGAGGAAAAAAUUAUAAAAAUAUGAAACGCAAACGUAUCAUAAAUGAUAUAUCUGAUGAGAGCAGUUCUUUUUCGUGUGAUAUCCAUAUUUCAUCUUUUUCUAAUCACAGCAGUACAUUUUUGUCUGAUACAUCUAAAGAUCGCAAAAAAGAUAGUGGAAAUGAUGCUAUAGUUGAAGAUACGGGAAGUAAUAGUGCGUCUAAAAUUGAUUCUGGAAAAGUGCCUGAAAAAAUAAUUGGUGCAAAUAAUGCGAGUGGCCAACUUAUGUAUCUUAUAAAGUGGAAGGGUAUUCAAAUCGCGGAUUUAGUGCCAGCAGAAGAAUUUGAACAAAAAUAUAAAAAAUUAGUGCUUGAGUUUUUUUUAACAAAAGAACCAUUA